CUGUUUUUUUGUCAACUGUGUUUUUUCCAGCAGUUCUCAUCAUGAGGUGCUGUGCUAUAGUCGUUUGUUUAGCUCUGGGGAUAGGCAUGCAGCCGGCAUGGAGCCAUCCUCUCAAGUCCGUUUUCGUCACCUUCCCAGGAGACGUCACGAAGGACAUGAGUGAAACAGAGCUGGCAGAUAGUUAUUUGAAGAAGUUCGGUUACAUAGAAACUGUGCACCGCAGUGGAUUUCAGUCCUUGUUGUCCAAAACCAAUGCUCUGAAAAGGAUGCAGAGACAGAUGGGACUGGAGGAGACCGGAGAGCUGGACAAAGCCACAGUGGACACCAUGAAACAGCCUCGCUGUGGGGUUCCGGAUGUGGCAAACUACCAGACGUUUGAAGGAGACAUCAAAUGGGACCACAAAAACAUCACUUAUAGGACUUUAAAUUAUUCUCCAGACAUGGAGAGCUCUUUGAUUGACGAUGCCUUUGCCAGAGCCUUCAAAGUGUGGAGUGAUGUGACCCCUCUGACCUUUACUCGCCUUUUUGAGGGGACAGCUGACAUUAUGAUAUCAUUUGGAAAAAGGGACCAUGGAGACCCAUACCCAUUUGAUGGUAUGGAUAAUCUGCUGGCCCAUGCUUAUCCCCCUGGUGAGGGUGUGCAGGGAGACGCUCACUUUGAUGAUGAUGAGUACUGGACCCUGGGUAAUGGAGUAGUCGUGAAGACUCUCUAUGGAAAUGCAAACGGUGCCUUGUGCCACUUCCCUUUCGUUUUUGAGGGCAAAUCUUACACCACCUGCACCACUGAUGGACGUACUGACAACCUGCCGUGGUGUGCCACCACCGCCGAUUACAGCAAGGACCAAACAUAUGGCUUUUGCCCAAGUGAAUACCUGUACACAUUUGGAGGAAAUGCAAACGGAGCUAAGUGUGUCUUCCCCUUUGUUUUCAUGGGAAAGAAUUAUGACAGUUGUACCACAGAGGGCCGCAGUGAUGGUUACCGCUGGUGUGCCACCACAGAAAACUUUGACAAUGACAAGGCAUAUGGAUUCUGUCCCAGUCGCGAGUCCGCUGUGAUUGGUGGCAACUCUGAGGGAGAGCCCUGCCACUUCCCCUUUGAGUUCGAGGGAAACCAGUAUGACUCUUGCACCACUGUGGGCAGAAAAGAUGGCAAGUUAUGGUGUGCAACCACCGACAGCUACGAUGCAGACCAAAAAUGGGGUUUCUGCCCAGACAAGGGUUACAGUCUGUUCCUUGUGGCAGCUCAUGAGUUUGGACAUGCUCUUGGCCUGGAACACUCCAGCAUUAGAGAUGCUCUCAUGUUCCCUAUGUACACCUACGUGGAGGAGUUUUCCCUGCACAGAGAUGAUAUUGAGGGCAUUCAGUAUCUCUAUGGACCCAAAACAGGCCCAGAUCCCACUCCUCCUCAGCCCAACCCAUUCCCAGACCCUGAUAAAACUGAGCCUACGAAUGAACCUGAACCCACAACGACUACUACCACACGACCAGUUCCUCCAACCAAUGAGAUUUGCAAGUUUACGAAAUUUGAUACCAUCACUGUGAUUGAAGGAGAUUUACAUUUCUUUAAGGAUGGAUUUUACUGGAAGAUGUCCAGCAAGAAUGAACUCAGUGGACCUUUUGCUGUUUCUGAGAGGUGGCCAGCUCUGCCCACAGUCAUUGAUUCUGCUUUUGAGGACAAGAGCAAAAAACUGUACUUCUUCUCAGGGACCAGAUUCUGGGUGUAUAAUGGGGAAAGUGUUCUAGGGCCCCGUAAUAUUGAGAAACUGGGCCUUCCCAGUACUGUUGAGAAGGUAGAAGGAGCCAUGCAGAAAGGAAAGGACAAAGUUUUUCUCUUCAGUGGAGAGAACUUCUGGAGGCUUGAUGUCAAAGCCCAGCAAAUUGACAAAGGAUUCCCGAAAUACACUGAUAUGGUCUUCGGUGGCGUCCCCAGUGAUGCACAUGAUGUCUUCCAAUACAAAGGCAACACGUACUUCUGCCGGGACAGCUUCUACUGGCGUAUGAAUUCCCGCAAGCAGGUGGACCGUGUUGGCUAUGUCAAGUACGACCUCCUUAACUGCUCAGAUUCUCCCACCUAUUACUACUGAGAUCAACAGACAGAAAUUUGCUAAGAGCAGUAUUUGAGAAAGAAUGUGAUGUUGCAUAUGUUUGUUGCACCGAUUCCUUAAUGUACUUUGGGAUGUAAAUAAUUAGUUCUAUAGAAGUGGCCUUUAAAAGGUCAAAGACCAAAUACUGGAAAGGUCGUUAUGGUCUUUGACACUGAUUUGUAAUCAGUCUAAUAAUCUGUGAAUUAUUAUAUUAUGAUGGAAUAGUAGUCUAAAUUAUGAAGAACUUUAAAUAUAACUUUUCCCUUGUCCAAAUUUGUCUGGAUGAGAUCUGACUCUGAGUCUUUAUGUCUGACAGGAUCAGACUCUUGACAGUAUUAGAUUAUUUUGGUAAUAGCAACAUUUAAUAUUUUUGUUUUACAUAAAGCUUUUUUUGUUUUGUAUAAUUAUAUUUGUGUAUACUUCAAAGAGGGUUCAAAACCAAAUACUUGCACUGGAAGACGAUGCAUGUUUCCUUGUCUGAAAUUAUUUAUACAACUGAUGUGUUUUGGGAUUUGUAUAACUUGUCAUUGCAAUAAAAAAAAUUGAAUCAA